GUUAAAAAAUCAUAUCAAAGUUGAAUUAAAAAACCCGAUCGACUGUCAUCGAUAAUUGAAAUGACGGUGCUUUGGAGUUUAUGAAAGAAAAGUGACGAAAGAAUGGGAUUUGAUGGGGUCAAAGAUUUUGCGGAUAAGGAGGAACGUCCCAUCCGGAUCCAACAUGGAACCGUGAACCGUUCACGUGGCGGCACGUUAUUCGGUUAAACCAAGUUCAAGUGAUACGACGGUUGACAUUCAAAAAACAAGUACCAGUCCUCCACGUGGACUAAAACUGUCGUUAUAAAAAUCAAAUCCUGACAAUGACGGGUAACAGUUUCCGGCGAAUGAUUUGUAAAAGGUGUUUUAUUCUUCGCCGUAUAUGCGAUCACUCGGAAUAAAGAUGAUGACAGUUUCGAUCUCUCCAGCACCAGCACCAGCACCACAGUGUCUAUACUUUAGAAAUGCGGGCAAAAACGCACCACUUUUCCCACUUCGAAAUGCGCCUUUUCAAGCUACGACGAAGCUCUCCACGCUCGCUCACCUCUCCUCCAGCUCCAUCAGUUACAGUCCUCUCAGAUUUUCGAUCAAGCAAAAGGAAAUAGUAAAGAAGAGUAGAGGAUGGAGUGCGGUUUGCUACGCUGCACCUCUAGCACCUCCUAAUCUCCAGUGGAUCUCCACCAUUGCCUCUGCGGUUUCGUUGCUUGCAAAAGGAACAGCAAUUCAAAAACAAUUUCUUGUUCCGUUGUUCGCAAUUCAAGCUCCAUCAAGCAUCGUCUCUUGGAUGAGGGUUGAAUAUGGUAUUUGGGCAGCAUUCUUGGCACUGCUUGUCCGUCUCUUCUUCCACAUUCCCGGUGAACUUGAGUUGCCAUUUGUAGCACUACUCAUGGUGAUUGUGGCCCCUAACCAAGUAAUGAAAUUAAGGGGAACACAACAAGGUGCUAUCAUUGCCUUAGUGAUCGCAGCGUAUUUGGCUUUCCAGCAUUUCAAAGGAACGGGCAGCUUGCAGAAGGCAUUUGACCAAGGUUCAAUUGUUGCCUCCAUAGCCAUUAUGUGUAUCACUGCUGUCUCCUGCCUGCUUUUGAUCUGAAUGUAAUGUAGAAUCAAGAUUUCUG